UCUCUCUCUCUCUCUCUCUCUCUCCUCGGCCUUUUGCUUUCUCUCUCUUCCUUCUUCGCUUCUCCUCAGCAACGAAGAAGGAAGAGAAGCGGAGGAAGGAGGAGGAAGGAGGGGGAAGAGGAGGGAAGCUUCAGCUCGAGCUCGAAGCAUCUCCCCUCCCCGGCAGCAGCGGCCGCCGACGCCGGAGAUUCCGCCGGCGGGAAGGAGCGGUCGGGGGAUUUCCUCGCGCUCGGACGGAUUGAGGGGCUUCUGUCGUCGCUGCUGCUGCUGCUGCUGUUCUUCUUCUUCUUGUCGUUCUCGUGCGGUUUCGCGGCGGUCGGUGGAAGCCGGGUGAUCGGGGUUCGGCGGAGAUGCUAGUCGCGAACAGCUUCGAUAUGUGGCGGAAGGACGCCUUCUUCUCCGCGGCCGAGGAGGUCCAGGAAUCCGCCGAUGUGAUGGAAUCGACAUACAGAGCAUGGGCUAGGGAGAUGAGAGAGGCAUUAUCACCUGAAUAUUUGAAUGAUCUCUCUAGGGACCUCCAAACUGCUUUAGGUACAGCAAAGUGGCAGUUGGAAGAAUUUGAGAGAGCAGUCAGGCUUAGCCAUGGGCCUCAUGGUGACAAAACUACGACAGCUAGACAUGGACAGUUUAUUGGGGCCAUUAGAGAUAAAAUCUCUCAUGUUGAAGCAGCGUUGCAAGAAUUUCUUAAUGAGGGGGGAAAACAGCCCCUUCAGUGGGUAAAUCUUGACAAAGAAGAGCGAGAUGAUUUAGCUUUGUUUCUCUCUGGGACUUUGGAACUAUCGCAAACUGCAAAGGAUGAAUUUACAGAGCAUGGAACAUCUUUGAAGGGUUUCAUUGUGGAAAAUUAUGAUAAGAAGGAAGAUGUGGGGUCUAAUACUAAUGCUGCUUGCAGCAGUGGCUUAUUGGAUGAGAGCAAGAGCUCAAAGGAUGGAAAACCUAAUGAGGGUGUUCGCUGUGUGAUAGAUCUAGACGCAAAAGAUCAAGCAGAUAAAAUAGGUGGUACCCGAAGGAUAUGGAGUUCACCCAGCAUGGGGGAUUGGAGAAUUGCUGUUGCAGAUGAUGAAGAGAGAAGUAACCUCAUUUCCACUGUUGUUGACACACCUAAAGAGAAGGCGCCUAGAACUCUUUAUUGGAAGAAUAGGUGUGGUGAACGUACUCAGGCAAUGUCAUUGACCAGAAUGUUCAAUCAGGCAUUUGGACAUUGCCAUGUGCCUCAAAGACAACCUCAUAGUCCACGAAGCUUGCGAUUUAGUUGUUCAGUUCAAUUUAUGCUUGCCCUAAUGCUAACGAUAUUUCUGAUUGUGCCAUUUGUGUUCUAUACGUCAUAAAACAAGUGCUUUAAACCUUAUGAUCCACGUUAAAGGUGUUGGAUCUGUUCUUUCAAAGAUAUAAACAAGGAUGAUUGAUUCUUUUUGCCUAUCUGGUAAUCUUAUGAGGAUCUCAAGUCAACCAAGAAAACUACCUAAAAGUCUCCGGAGUGUCAGUAGUUCGUACGGCAAGCCUGGCAAUGAUUUACUCCUCGAAAAAGCCUUAUGCUGCUUCACAUAUUAAGUGGCACGCAAUACAAUUGUAUCCUUGGUACUCAUAACCAUACGAGCUUCUAGAAGUAGUGGAUACAUGGUAGCUGAGUCCUGUUUGAAUAAGAGGAUUGAGUCUUGAACUCAAAUUAUGUAGACGAAUAGAUAGGUUCAAGCCUUGUUAGGGGGAAAAUUGGGAGCUUAAUUGUACUAUUCUCACUUGUGAAGAGUUUCAGAAAAUCGAAUUGCAGCAUAAAGCUAAUUGUGUCAA